GUUCGGUGUCUUUGCGGGCGGCCAUGUUGAAAUGUUGCUGCGAAAAGGGGAAGGGGGCGAGGUGCAUUAAGAAUUCGUGAAGAAAAAGACGAAGAGUAGAGAGACAAGUAAAGAAAAAAAAGAGGUGAUAAAAAUGACGAGUGAGAGAAUUAAAGACAAUUCUAAAUCAAGUGUACUGCGAAAAUGUAUCACAUAAUAUCGUUAUGAAUGAAUUAGAUUCGCGUGUGUGCUUCGAUGCGUUAUCAACAUUGCAAAAUUUACAAAUGGUUGAAAACGUUUGCAAUGUCUGCGGCGCAUCACAUUUCACCCAAAACUGUCCGGAUGUCUCCAAAGGGGAGCAUUUUCCUCCAUUUCCAUGGACGUCCGAUGGCCAGAUCCAGGACACACCGCAUCAGAACAUGUCGCGAUCCUCCAUUCCCAAUGGGCUUCACAUCAUCGAGACUGGGGAGAGUCUCUGUGUUGUGACGUCACAGAAAUUCGCCAAGGGCACCCGCUUUGGGCCGCUCAUGGCGAAAAAAUCCUACAUACCCGUGGAAAAUGCCAAAUUCCCACUGAUUGUGUUCGGGAGUCCACUAUUGGAUUCCAAUGAUGCUGAAAUUGAGGAACUCUUCAAGAUUCGCAAUGCCUAUUUGGACACGAGGAAUGAGAAUUACUGCAAUUGGAUGAUUCACGUUAGUCCAGCGCAGUAUUCCAAUGAACAGAACCUCAUCUGUUACCAGCUCUAUGACCAGAUCUUCUACACAGCUAUCGUGGACAUUGAAGUGGGUGACAUUUUGAAGGUCUGGUAUGCUCCAAAGUAUGCAGCUAAGAUGAAUGUUGAGCUCCUCAAGCCCAGUCCGCACGAAAUUGUCAAUAAUAUUCUCAGACAGGUAUCAAUAGCUAGCAUGGGAAGUCUAACGGAUGACAAUUUGAACUUUGAGAACAAUGAGUAUCCGGUGUAUGAGGAUAUCACUGAGAAGAAUAACUCAGAGAUCUCCCUGCCUCCCAUAAAUAGCUUGAUCAAGGCAUCGUCGUAUCAGAACAAUAACUAUCUGUGUUCAGAACAUCACAUUUAUGAUAUGGACAAGAAUUAUGAGAUCAGUAGUACUAGUUCUAUUGCUCAGAUGGACACUGCCCAGAAUCCCAAUCUGAUGGUGUCUGAUUUGAAUUUUAGUCUAGUGCAGAAUUUUGAUGGUGAACCGGGUGGUAGGGGUGAUGGAUUGAGUUAUGAAAAAUGGAAGAGUGGCUUUGAGGUGAAAGUGGCUCAUAUGCCGGGAAAAUUGGGGAGUAAGAAGGUGUCAAAGUAUUUCUGUGAAGUCUGUGAGAAGGAAUAUAUGACACUGGCGAAUAUCAAUAAGCAUAUGCGUUCGCAUAAUUUGCAUUUAUGCAAUCUCUGUGUGAAAUCCUUCAAGAGUACGAAUGAAUUGAGGGAACAUGUUUGUCCAAAGGAGAAAGAUGUGAGCAAUUAUUCAAAAUGUCCGGUAUGCUUUAAGAUCCUCUCGAAUUCUUGGUCAUUGAGUCGUCAUAUGAAGACGCACAAGCGCGAUGAGGCUGGCAAUAGUGAUGAGACCAAGAAGCCAAUAACAGAUCCCGAUGAAUCAAAUCCCAGUGAUGAGGUUAUGUCAAAAAAUCCCCGUGUUGUCCUUGAGCGCCUUCAGAUCGCCAUGCCCGAUGACGAUCAGUCGUGCGAUGAUCCCAAUUCCCGAUCAUGCGAUGAGCGUUCGGUGUCUUCCACUUUAGUGCCAUACUUUGAGGCCGAUGACACGGCUAGGACUGCCGGAAGUGGCAGUGGUGAGCUCAUGGAGCCGUGGGAAAGGGCUGAGGGGGAAUUUUCGUCGUCUCUCGAGGGGGAGGAUGACUUUUCGCCACAGCCCAGGGAGAUGCUCGAUUUGGAAUUGGGAAAGGGCCUUGAGGUCAAUGGGGCCACGGAGAAGUGUACAGUUUGUGGGAAACAAUUCAAAAAUCGAACUUAUCUGUACAAGCAUCUAAAGAGCGUUCAUACGGCCAAAGUUAUGAGGCCACCAAUGCAAAAACCACCUCAUCAACUUCAACAUCCAGGCUUUCCCCCAAUUGCCCCACAACAUCCUGGGAAACUCGAUCCAGGACAAAUUCAUCCCAAUACUGACUACAUGACGUCAGCUUCGCCCGUCAAACCGGCCAUUGCCAAGGCACUGGCUUCGAAGUUGACCAGUAAGAAGAAGAAUAAGAAAUUGCCAGAAGAUGAUGGGGAAUCGGGCUGUGGAAAUUCACCCAGAAGUCCACUGACGCCCAACUCUGAACUUCUGGCUGGGGACUAUAUGGUGCCCUUCUCGAAUGCCAAUCAAAUCAACAUCAAUACUUCUGGGAACUCCAUCACCAUUAUCAGCAAUGUCACGUACUGCAACACUCACGAAGGAGUUGUCCCUCAGGCGCCUCAGGGGCCAGGGCAGGCAGUUCCUCCGGCUGCCCAGGUGCCCACCACUUCAUCCCAUGGAGGUGGAUUCUAUCAACACGGGCAGCCACCGCAGCCAGCGGGACCUGUCAAAGUGGAACCGCAAGUGACAAAGGUUGAGCAUGUGGAUGGGGUUCUGACUGAAAAGAUAAUGUCAUCCAGUGAUGAUCGUUCAACCUCCCCAGCCACCUUUAUCAUUCAGAAGGUGAAGAAGGAGGUUGUUGUGUCUGAAGUGACACAGAAUGACGAGCUGUCGCACAUCAAAGACAGCGAUUCCCUCUAUCCUCCGCCACCGCAGCAAGCGCCCCCUUUGCUGCCUGUAUCGCAGCCUCAGGUGAGCAUGGGAUCGAUGCUGCAGCAACAGCAGAAUCCGGUGACGGGAGAGAUGGAGAUGCAGAGGGAUUGCAUGGGAGGGGAGGAGACUGAGGGGGGUGUUUUUGAUGAACUGAAAGAUGAGGAGGAACAGAUGGAAUCUCAAGGGAAUAGCAGUGACUCGCCGGAGAACUUGCCGGGUGCUGAGACACCCACCCAUGCCACCGAUAUGCUCGGUCAGGAACCACUGACGCCCAAGACGGAAGAGAGUCUGCCAGAGGCGAAGAUAUUCACGUGUGAUGAGUGCAAUAAGACAUUCGCCAAGAGAUCCCAAUUGACACGUCACAAGAAUAUCCACAAGAAUAUUUUAUUUAUUUGCCCAUUUUGCCAACGGGAACCGUUCAAAGCCAGAAAUUCACUGAAAAAUCAUCUCAAGACAAAUCACAAGGAUAUGAGGGAGAAAUGGGCCGAUCCGGCUUAUAUUUCGGCUCAAGUGAUUAAGGAUCCGGACAAGGUGGAGGAGUAUCUGAGGCAGUGGCAUGAGAAGACGAAGUCAGUGAUGGCAUCGGAAAAUCUUGCAGCUGGUGGUGUUAGUGAGUUGAGUCCAAGUCCGACGACAGCACCAACUCUGGCUGACAUAAAGAUGCUGAAGAAGAAGAAGAAGAUGCUGAUGAAGGCUGCUGGUGCAGCAGCGGCUAAAUUGGAGCCGCCGGAAAGUACAAAGAUGGAGGUGAAGCAUGAGCCAGAUGAGAUGUUUAGUCAGGCAGUGAAUCCAAUGAUGAAGCAAAAUCCCAUGAUGCCACCAACAAAUCCCCAGGGAAUGCCACCAGGAAGUCAAUCAAUGAUGCAGCAUCAGCAGUAUCAGGCUCCAAUGCAACAGCAGCAACAGCAACAGCAGCAGCAGCAGCAAUACAACAAUCAUCCCUAUCAGCAUCAACAGCAUCAGCAGCAUCAACAGCAAAUGCAGAUGAAUCAUCAGCAGCAAAUGCAUCACCAACAACAUCACCCAAUGCAGCCACAGCAACACUAUGGGGCACCCGGAGGGCCACCUGGAGUAGCUCCACCGCCACCAGGAGCUCCUCCGGCGCCACCUAUGAUGCAUCAGCAGCAACAAUUUCAACCGCAAAUGAUGAGUCCGCCGCCAAUGUGUGGACCUCCCAUGGGCUCGUCUCCCGUCAGAUCCAACAUGCAGUCGCCGCCAAUGUCGCCACAUCCCUCGCAUCACUACUACCCCAUGGCGCCGGCGGGCGGCAUGAAUGGAGGCGGAGGACAUCAUCCGCAAGGUGGAGGCCGGAUGAUGAACAACUUCCCAGUGAAUUCCGUGCAGCAGCAGCAGCAGCCGCAGGCUGCAUUGCGCGGUCCGCCGCCUCUUGUGGCCAGCCAUCAUCCGCCGCAGCCUGGACAGCAGCAACCGGGAUAUCCGCCACAGCAUCAGGCUCAGUAUCAACAGCAGCCGGGACAGCCGAAUAACUGCUAUGGGCAACCGCAGCAGUACAUGAAUCACCAUCAGAUGCAGGCACAGGGGCAGCAUGGGGCCUAUGAGAUGAUGCAUCCCAGCAAGAGGCCAAGGCUCUAUCCGCCACCGGGACAGGCAGCUCCGCCGCCAGCGCAGCACAAUCCCCAUGCCCAUCAGGGGUAUCCGGGGAUGAUGGGUGGGCAACCGAUGCAGCAUCACCAUCCCUACAUGCAUCAUCACCAGGCGCCGGCGGCACAGCAACCGCCGCCCAAUCCGCAUCAGCAGCAGCAAGCACCACAAGCAGGCCAAGUGCCAAGCGACAAAUUUAUCAAGAAAAAGGUACGUGUUCGAUUUAUUUGAUCCUCUGUGCCCUUGUUCAAAAAACAAAAAAAAACUAAUUUUAUUAUUAUUGUAUUGUCUCGUAAUUUUUCGUAUCACUUUGCCAUUUUUUAAUUUUUUUUAAGAUAAAAUAACGAAAAAGGAAUUCUUGAAAAAAAAAAGAAAUCACAACUUCUUGUACAACUUGUUUAGUCCUAUUACACUUUUUUCUUUUGAUCGACAAAAAAAAGAAGGUUCUUUUAAAAGAAAAAUAAUAAUAAAUAAACAAAAACUACAAAUUUAUUAUUUACUAUAUUUAUUUAUUGCUAUUUUAAAGAGAAAAAAAUGAAGUGAAAACAAAAACAUAAAUCGUAAAAUAUUAAAAAAAGGCUAAUUAAAAAAUCAAGCAUGAAAAUUUGUCUAUGAUAAAUAUUUUUGUGUAAUAAUCUCUUGACAAAAAAAUCACACAACACUCAGCAGAACGAAAAAAACGGAUGGUUUUUCUUAAAAAAAAAUAGCGCGAAAUUAUUUCUAGAUUUUUUGUCUUUAAAUAUUAAAAAAAAUAAAGAAAAAACGGUCCCGUGAGAAAUUUUUACGCUAUAAAUAGAAUGAAAAAAAAAAAUACGGAACGAGAUAAAAGAAAAUUAGAAAUGAAAAAAAAUCACAAAUUCACUUUAUGAAUGAAUAAAGUUUUUUAAAAAACUUUGCUGCUUGCUUUUCGAUAACUAAGUAAGAUGAUAAAGAAAAAAAAUGAAAUUUUUAAUAAUUAACUAUAACUUUCAGUUUUAAGGAUCAAUUUUAGUUUAUCGUUUCUCUUCUUUCUUUUCUUUUUACUUUUUUUUUUAAAAAUUGAGAAAAAUACAAAAAUGAGAUUAGUUCAAUCUCAAAAGGCAUUUUCUCAACAACAACAAAAUAUUGAUGCAUGUAAUCAUAAUUAAAAAAAAAAGAAUUAUAAAAAAAGAAACACAAAAAAUAAUAAUUAGAUAAUGGAAGAUUUAUAUCAAAAUGCAAGAAAGAAAAAAAAACAUUACAAGUUUUGCAAUAUUUCUUAAUCAAAAAAAGUAAAUAAAUAAUUGAGGAAAAAACAAAAAUGAAGAUAGUUUAAUGGAGAAAAUUAGAAAACCAAAAAAAUUCCACUUAAAAUCUUUCAAAGAACACAAUUUUAUUUAGUUUUUCUCACCCAAAAUCCAAACCCCUUCAUCUUCGACUUUUUAUUUUUCUUUUUUGAAAAAAAAAAACAAAAUGAAGAAAAAUAGUAAUAAUGAGAGAAGAAAAAAAAUCACACAAUUAUCCUAAAUAAUGAAUAAUAAAUGAGGAAAAAGAACAAAUUAAACUAAUAAAUAUUUAAUAAUAAGACAAUUUUUUUUGAAGAUGAACAUUAAAAUGCAAAAAAAGAGUAUGCUGCUAUUAAGAAAAAAAAUGCGUAAUCGUGAAACAAUUUUUAUCAAGAAGAAAAACUUCAAUACCGCGACUUCUUUAUUUUUUAUCCUAUCAUUGCAGCAUGAAAAUAAUACAAAAAAUACCUUACGUAAAUUUUAAAAAAAAGCAAAGGCGAUUUUUCAUUUUUUAUUAAGUUUCAAAAUUGAUAAAUUAAAAAAAAAAUUAAUUAAAAGAAAAUGUGUUAAGGAGAAAGAGAAAAAAGAGAAGAUAACAAUUUUUAGGAGAUUCUAUAAAUUUAGGUCCUACUUAUUAUAAAAGUAAAUUAAAUGAAAUUUAAAAGAAGAAAAAAUGGAAGGAAUAUUAUCUAGAAAAAAAAAUCACUGAUCUGGAUGAUUUAUUUGCCAAAAUUUAGUUAUUAUAUCGAACACCAAGAAUUUGGAAGAAAUUGCAGAAAACAACAAGUAAAAAAAAACUGCAGAAGAAAAAUCUUGAGAAACGUGAAAUUUUCUUCAGAUAAAACAACAACAAAAAAUUUAUCUGCUUCCACAAAUUACAAAAAAAAAGAAAUCUUUAUUAUUCCUGCCUUUAAUUUCACCCUAAUCCCCCUCUACCUGACUCAGAAAUUGAUAACAAGAACAAAAUAAAUAAACCUCAUAAAUUACAUUUUUUAAAAAAAAAAAUGCAAAAAGAAUAAAACAAAAAUAAGAAACUCACGGAAAAAUUAAUUUUUUCGCAAAUAAACUAAAUAACAAAAAAAAACACGUUUUGAUGUUUAUAAAUGGGAAAAAGUAAUUUUUUUCUUUUAGUAUUUGUACUACCUUCAGAUGAUGAAAAAAAAAUUAGUGAAAAAAAAGUUUAAAACUGACGAUGAAGAAAAUGACGUGGAAAUAAGAAAAAAAGAAGUGAAACAGAAUACAAUUAUUUUGUGUAUAAUUUAUGAAGAGAUGAAAGAAAUGAAGAAAACUUGCAAUUAAAAAUAUAUUACAAAAAAAAA